CCCCCUCCCUCUUCAAUCUGUCUCACGAGCACACACCCGUUAAACUUUGCAGGUCUGCACGUGACGUUAUCAUCAUUUUCUUCAUCGAAAGGACAGGAAAGGACACUUACUUCACUUAUCUGAGCUAUUUUUGAUUUUCAUAAUUUUCAUUAGAUAUUCGAUCAUUUAAUUUGUGUGAAUCACUCUUAUUCCAGCAAACGGACUCAGCGUUAAUUACAGGCCGUUAAUUACAGCAGGACUGACGGGAAGGCCAAGAUGACCGACCUUUCAUCUAACAGAGGAACAAAGAGAAAUUUGUCAGCAGAUGUUUCAGCGUCAGAGUCACAGUGCAAAUCUUCCAAAGUCACCUUGCUGAGCCCGUCUCUUCUCCUCCUGGAAAUCCCUGCUGACACCAACACCAGCCUCCCAGUAUGGGAGGCCAUGAGGUCCCAGCAGAUAACCAUCGCCUGGACCGUCAACCCCUACAGCAUCAGUCUCCAUUUAACCCCCGUGACCUCAAAGCAAAGGAAGACUACAACUCCCAGGAGAAGUGAGCGCACCUCCAACGUGGCAAAGAUCACAGAGCCUCCUAUCGUUAUGGAGCCUCAGAUAGUCAUCCAGUCCAUCAGUCAUCAGCAUGGCGCCUCCCAGAACACCUCCUGCGUCCUGCUCACAUUCCCCCAAAACACCUCCCAGGCCCUGCCUAGCUCUCCAUAUCAGAAAGUACUUCCAAACCCAGCCAACUCAUUCAUUGUCUCCCUACCUCUCAUCAUCACCCAACCUCCGCCUGCUCCUCAGCCCAGCACCCCUGUCAUUAAGGGGGUUUUACCUGCAAUCAAGAACCCCCCGAAAGCCGCCACCAUUAAGCCUCAAGUGGCGGCUAAGCCUCCUGUCGCCUCUCUGUUUCACACGAAGAGCUCCUCUGACAUCCAAAUCUGUGACAAUUUCCUCUUAAGUUUGUGUCACGCAGGGAAGACGUGUAAGAUGCACCACACUCCCUACCCCUUUCACUGGCAGUUGUGGUGUGUGAUCAACCACCAGUGGGUCGACAUCAGCCCUCGCUCUCAGGUCAUACUUGAGAGGAUCUACUGCGAUGUCGACCAAGAGGCCAUUUCAAUCAAGGACGGAAACGCCCACUACCGUCUGAUCUUUGAUUCAAUGGAGUUGGACGACCCUUCUAAAUAUGACGGCGUUAGACGACUGACUAACUCUGAUAGUCUCAUUAGUAACCCUUACUUUCCCAGUAAAUGGCAAAUCUACUGGUGGAACUUCGGCUGGGAAGAGUACGACAAGGACACGUCAGCCUUGCUGCUCAAGAAGAUGAGUGAAAAGGAGCCAGAGUGUUCCUUCCGUAUCGGCCAGCAGGAAUACAAGGUGGACUUCACCAUGAUGACCCAGACCAACGUCACCACCGGGUUCCAGAGAGCAGUUCGCUGCAGACCCGUCUACCGCUCACCUGAUUCCAUGCAGCCUUACCUGAAGACAGUAAUCCAGACUGACCCCUGCCAGGCUGUCAGUGAUCUUUCCGGGUCCGACUUCAGCGUGGACCCUCUGGAGGAGUUCUGCUCCUGGUACCCUCCGGUGUGGUGUCUGGCCUCAGAGCAGGACUACAGCCUGGUAGAUGUUCCGGCUGGCACGCAGGCAUACCGCAGCGUCCAAAACCUUUUCUACGAGAGCCUGUCUGAGACCAAGACAGACAUCAUCGGCAUCCAGCAGGUCCAGAAUCUCCUCCACUGGGACAAGUACCAAAGGCACAAGGCUUACAUGCAGAAGCACACCAAGUCUAAGGAGCCUCUGGAGAGACAUCUCUUCCACGGGACAACCAAAGAAGCCUCAGAGGAAAUCUGCCACAACAACUUUGACCCUCGCAUGGCCGGCAUCAACGGAGCAUCCUUCGGUUACGGCUCCUACUUCGCCAAAUCCGCCUCCUUGUCCAACGACUACUCGGCCAUGGUGGGGCCAGGUGAGGUUCGCUGCAUGUUCCUGGCCAAAGUCCUUGUGGGGAAGGUGAGUUUGGGAAGGAAAAACUACCGCCGCCCCCCGCCGCUCAGCUCCAAGACAAAGCAGUACCGUCUCUACGAUACCUGUGUGGACAUCAUGGACAGACCCACCAUGUUUGUAGUCUUUGAUAGCUGUCAGUGCUACCCAUACUACCUUAUCAAGUACAGAGACCUGCCCAAAGAGAUUGUUAUUUAAUGAAGAGGGAAGCCAUUGAUAGCAGGGGAGUUAGUUGAUGUCAAUUGUUCCGACAUACAAUCUUCAGUGUGUCCAGUUCUAACAUGACCUGAAAUGUUAUCAAUUUAUCAAAUGUUAUGUUUUGCAGUUGCAGCAAAUGUUCAGUUUUCUUACAUAAAAUACCCAAAAUAUAGAUCAUGUGCAAUGAAGUUCUACUUGACAACAGCAACAUAAGCAGACAGUUAAAAUGUUCAAAUGCAUUCCAAAACAUAUGAAGCACUUUUUUCACACGGUAUCAGGUUUUCUUAUUUUAUUUUAUUUCUAUUGUCUGUACUGUGCCAAAAAGUUAAAUUAAAAAAUAAGUUCCAACAAAAAAAAAAAAGUUUUUUAUUUUGGUUAUUUAAAUGUUUUACAUGGAUGGAAAGAAGUACUUUUGUUUCGCUCUCAAAGGUGUUCUGAAUCAAGUUGACAUCAGUCACGUUUAGGAAAAUAAACAGUUAACUAAAUUCAUUAACCUCUCAGUAUAUUAACAUGAUACACAAGUUUGAUCAUCCAUUGAUAUUUUUUAACUGUUGAAAUACAGCCAGACUGGAAUGUCUUUCACCAAAGUCUCUUGUAAUAAAAGCAUAUAUAUUUCAAAAUA